ACACCGCACAUCUCUGUAGCAGCAGUGCACCUGCGCCCGCUGGUCGAUUGACCGAUUCUCGUAGUGUAGGCGAUCACCAUGGGAGGCGCAGGUUGUUCAAGAGAUGUCGUCUGCUCUGCGCUACUAAUUAUUACUAUCCUCCUCGAAUUUCACUCUACAGUGGCGAACGAUGACAUACCUGGAUUGAAAGAACACGCCGAACAUUUCUAUGGAUCCAACCAAGAUGGUGAUUGCCAAGAAUCGGAGGGAAGAGAUGGAAUAUCUGGUCGGUCCGAUACGCUGGAAAAAGAGGAGGAAGUACUGCAGCCAGCAGCACCAGUUCCAGUCAAGUUGACGAGGCUUGACGGUGUGGAGGUUGGUCAUGUUCAGGAACUCAACCUCACUCCCAAUAGAUCUCAUUAUUUACAUACUAUCAACAUGAAACCAUUGAUCUUUGAAAUUCCAGACUUCUUUUCUGCAGAAGAAUGCCAGCACAUCAUAGAGCUAGCAAUGAAGCAGGGAUUAGAAGUAAGCUCCACCCAUCAAAUCACUGCGGACAACACCCUCCGCCUCCUAGAUAGCAACGGAGACCAAAGACUGAGUCUACAAGAGAUGAGGAGAACUAUAGAGGAUGGAUAUGAUAUCUACUUUAAUGAUGAGGACAUUAGAGAAAUGUACUCACAUCUCAAGUUAGAUUUGAAUCAAGAUGAUUACAUCAGUCGGUCAGAAUCAUCUGGUCUUAACGUACAUAAGCUGGCUGCGUACAUCAAGAAUUUUGUCAGUAAGAACCCCAUCAAGAAGUCCAGGUACAGCGAACAGACCUGGAUCUAUCCAGAGAGGACCAAGGAUCACCUGGUCGCCGAGUUCCAAAGAAGGUUACUGCGAUUGACUAGGCUUCCAGAGCCGCUCAUCAACAAAUACAGCUUCUUUCAGGUGGUCAAGUAUGGCCCCCACGGUCACUACAACGCUCACUUGGAUUCGGCCGGUAACACUCAAGGGCUUCCAUGCUGCCAUCUGGUCAGUACCAAGAAAUGCCGCAUCUGUAGAUACAUGACUAUCAUGGUUUACUUGAAUGAUGUUGAAGAAGGAGGUGAAACAGCUUUUGUUGUGGCCAACAACGACACUUAUGACGAUCAUAAACUUCGCAACAGUGGCAACAUCAACCUGAACAGCCACUGCAAGGAAUCGAAGCUUCACGUCAGACCGGAGCGCGGCAAGGCCGUCAUUUGGUACAACCACUUCCUGGACGAGGAGACGGGCUGGUUCGGGGACGUCGACAACUUCACCUGGCACGGGGGUUGUCCCGUCAUCACGGGGGAGAAAUGGAUCAUGAAUAGGUGGAUCUGCGCUAGCAACGACAGGGAGGUAGAUCUCGCCUAACCCACUGCCUACUAGAACCGGGUUGUGGCUGUACAAUGCCUAUGGGAAAUGCAGAAUUCAAGAUUCAAAGGGUUAACCCAUUCCCUACUCGAAAGGAGUGGUCUCUGUAGCCUACAAAGGCAAGGGAAUUUCAGAAGUCAACAAGUUAACUCAUUG